AUGAGAAUAGUAGAAGGAGUGGACUCUGAUAGGGCUAUUAUGCUUCGACCUUCUAUUGUUGCCUCUUUCUAUGACAACUUGGAGUUAAUUUACAACCUCAAUCACUAUGGUAGGAAUCGGAUUUGGAAUUUUGAUGAGACUGGUGUGCAAGCUGGGAGGAAUUGUGGAAUGAGAGUGAUAGCCAAAUUGGGGCAGAGGUGUGUACCGCACCUAAUUUCGAAGAGUAAAGAGUGGAUCACUGUUUUGGCAUGUGUUAGUGCAUGCGGUUUCAGCAUUCCUAGAUUUUAUUUGUUCAAGUCUAAGAGGCAUAUUCGAAACUACAUAGCAAACUGCGAGCUAGGAGCAUGCAUGGCAGUCCAAGAACAUGCAUGGAUGACGAAGGAGCUGUUCUUAAAUUGGUUGGAACAUUUUGCACAUUCGGUCCCUGGUGGAGUUCCACCCUCACACAGGGCCCUACUAAUCUUUGACGGUCAUGGUAGCCAUGUAGCCUUCAGGACAAUUGAAGAAGCAAGGCAGAUAGGUAUUGAUUUGGUGACCCUUCUGGCUCAUACAAGCCACAAACUGCAGCCGCUUGAUGUCUCUGUUUUCUCACCUUUCAAAAAUUAUUUCAAACAACAAAGGAGUAGAUGGAUGUCUAAGUUCCCACAUAUUGAAAUUGGAAGGGAAGAGUUGGAAACUCUUGCGAGCAAGGCGUUUGCCCAAGCAUUGCCACCGGCCAAUAUAAUCAGUGGCUUCCGUAGGACGGGGAUUUGGCCACUUAACCAAAAUGCAUUAGAGAAUGAUAUGAGACCAAGUGAGGCAUUUGAGGUUAGAACAGAACAUGAUGCUGCUUCAAGGGAUGAAGAACCAGAGUAUAUGGCAGUGGAAGCGUGCUUGCAAUUGGCAGGUUUUAAUGAAGAACAGAUUCAAGAUUUUGUAGAGCUCCAUACAAGAACACAAGCAACGGUUGAGGGUACAAGUUUGACACCAGAAAUUGCCGAAGCAGGUCCGCCCCCACAAACCAGCCAGCCAAAUGAGGGUUUCAAAAAUACAUCAACAAGCAUGUCUUUGCCAACACAAGCUGACAUACCAAAGUGGACCCAAGAUGCAGCCAACUAUGAUGAUGAAACGCUUUCCAUGCCUAGUCUGCCAGAAAUUGAUCCAGCAGAUGUCAUUCAUUACUUCACCAAUGCAGUCAACUAG